AUGGGCAUGAUCGAUCCCACGAUCUUGAAGGCAUUCAAGGAGCUGGCAACUGAGGAUCCAACGGAAGGAGAUGAUGAUAUCGAGAGAACUUGGAUCAACUUUCGACUAGGGUAUGGGGAUCCGACUCUCGUUGCCCCAGUCAAGACACGAGACAAGACUCGGACAGGUAUAUGCGGCUCAAGACGGGCUCCAUUCAUGGACAAACUUGUCGAGCAAAUCCCGAAGGAGCUCUGUCACUUCAAUAAGCGCCUCACCGGAGUUGAGAAGCUAGCCAGUGGCUUGAUGAAUCUCGUCUUUGAGGACGGCACAAACUCUUUUGCCAAUGCGGUUGUCGGAGCAGAUGGCAUUCGAAGUUCCCUUCGCCAACUCGCGUUCGGAGGUAACUCUCACCUCGACUACCUAUCAUUCACGCGAACGGUUUGCUAUCGUGCACUUGUUCCCAUGCAUAUUGCUGUGGAUGCCAUGGGCAAGGAGCUUGCUACUACUAGCGAAAUGUAUAUCGGCCCAGGCGGUCAUAUUCUCACCUAUCCAAUCGAUCGAGGGGCCAUGAUGAACGUCGUCGCCUGCACCCAGCAGGAUAGCUGGGAUAGUGAAGCGUGGGCUAUUAAAAACGUUCCAUUCGAGCGCGUCCAGGGGACAUUCUCACAAUGGGGUCCACAUGUUCAGAACUUGCUCAAGGCAAUGAAAGACCAGUCCGUCGACCUCUGGUCUCUCUGGGAUAGUGCCGACAAGCCCCUCUCUACCUAUUGUAAAGACCAUCUCGUCCUCAUCGGUGACGCCGCCCACGCCUCGCUACCCCACCAAGGUGCUGGCGCCGGUCAAGCCAUCGAAGACGCGUUGGUCCUUGCGGAGGUCCUUUCCUCGCUUGACGUAAAGCGCCCGGCAGACCUCCCAGCUGCCUUCCAGGCAUAUGACGCGAUGCGCCGACCACGGUCACAAAAGGUCGUGAGGACGAGUAGGGAGGUGGGUGAUGUCUAUCGGCUUGAGGGCCCGGAUGGGGACGACUUGGAGAGCAUAGGGAUUGAUUUGAGGACUAGGUUGAAUUGGGUGUGGUAUGAGGAUCAGGAUUUGCAGGUAUUGAGGGCGAAGGAACUGUGUUCAAUGCUGCUGGCGCAGUCGAGGGAGAUGGAGAGGAUGAAGGUCGCGACAGCGAAGCAGCCAAGGUGGGGAUGGGUUUACUGA